AACAUUUUCUCACCAUUCUUGAGUUGGGUUUCUCAAAUUCAAUCCAAACAAUCCUCCUACUGCUCCAAAGAUCCAAGAUUUCUACAUUCAUAACAUUACAUUCUGUCUUUUCCUCUAUAGACCAAAAUGCAGCUCCAUAUUUCUCCGAGCUUGCGGCACGUAACAGUUUUACCAGGCAAAGGAGUCAGGGAUUUCAUCAAAGUGAAGGUUGGAUCGCGGCGUGUUUCUUAUCGGAUGGUGUUCUAUUCAUUGCUGCUGUUGACAUUCUUGCUUCGGUUCGUGUUCGUGUUGACGGCCAUGGAUACGAUCGACGGAGAAACGAAAUGUUCGUCGAUAGGAUGCGUUGGGAAAAGAUUAGGACCAAGGUUUUGGGGAAGAAGGCUUGAAUCAGCAGUACCGGAAGAGAUCUAUAGAGUUUUGGAAGAAAGCGGGAGCACCGAAAUAAAAGGUAGUACGGCGGAUGUCCCACAAUCACUUGAAGAGUUUGUAGCUGAAAUGAAGAGCAACAGAUCUGAUGCUAAAACCUUUGCUUUAAGGCUAAAAGCUAUGGUCACUCUCCUAGAACAGAAGACUCGGACAGCCAAAAUCCAAGAAUAUCUAUACCGCCACGUGGCAUCCAGCAGCAUCCCCAAACAACUCCACUGCCUAGCCCUUAGGUUAGCCAACGAACACUCCAACAACGCCGGCGCACGCCUCCCUCUCCCUGCGCCGGAGUGCGUACCGUACCUCGUCGACAACUCUUUCUUCCACUUCGUCCUCGCCUCCGACAACGUCCUUGCAGCCUCCGUCGUCGCCGCCUCUCUAGUCUCCAACUCCCUCCGCCCCAACAAGGUCGUCCUGCAUUUAGUUACAGACCGAAAGACGUAUGCAACCAUGCAUGCAUGGUUCUCGUUACACCCGUUAAACCCGGCUAUCAUCGAAGUGAAGGCGUUGCACCAUUUCGAUUGGUUUUCGAAAGGACGGGUCCCUGUUUUGGAAGCAAUGGAGAAAGAUCAACGGGUCCGAUCUCAGUUUCGAGGUGGGUCAUCAGCGAUUGUAGCGAAUGCGACUGAGAAACCGUAUGUGAUUGCGUCUAAGUUGCAAGCGUUGAGUCCGAAGUAUAACUCGGUGAUGAAUCAUAUACGUAUACAUCUACCAGAGCUGUUUCCUAGCCUCAAGAAGGUAGUCUUCCUCGACGACGAUAUCGUCAUCCAGAGCGAUCUGUCGCUGCUGUGGGACAUCGAUCUCGAAGGAAACGUUAAUGGGGCCGUGGAAACAUGCAGUGGCGACGACAAGUUCGUCAUGUCGAAGAGACUCAAGAGCUAUUUGAACUUCUCCCAUCCCUUGAUUGCAGAAAACUUCAAUCCCGAUGAGUGCGCGUGGGCCUAUGGGAUGAAUAUCUUUGAUCUUGAUGCAUGGAGGAAGACAAAUAUAAGCCAAACAUACCAUUAUUGGCUUCAAAAGAACUUGAAAGAAGACCUGAGCCUGUGGCAAUUAGGAACAUUGCCACCGGGUUUGAUCGCAUUCCACGGCCACGUUCAUAUCAUCGAGCCUUUCUGGCACAUGUUAGGUCUUGGAUAUCAAGAUAACACUAGCGUCGUAGAAGCUAAAAGCGCCGCCGUUAUUCAUUUCAACGGCCGUGCUAAGCCGUGGCUGGAGAUUGCAUUCCCGAAGCUCAGGCCUUUGUGGGCGAAAUACGUAGAUUUCUCCGAUAAGUUCAUCAAAACAUGCAAAAUCACAGCUUCUUAGCACGCUCACGAGGAAGAUGAAGAUGAAGAAGAUGAGACGACGACUACGGAGGAUGUUCAUAUAUAUCAGAAAAAAGGGCCUGAGAGUGCUCGACUUCUUGUGUGAGAUAAAGAAAGAAAUUGGAGAAGAGAAAUGGGUCCUUCUUUGUGUUAUGGAAUUGCAUUCCAUUCCCUUCAAAGCUAUGCUUUUUUUUUUUUUUUUUGUUUACUACACAGAGAGAAGAUUUCUAGAGUUUUUGGGCUAAUCCAAUUUUGGAUUUCUAUGCAAUGGAGAGGAAGUCAUCGUUGUAUACAAGAUUGCAAUCGAAGCAUAACGUCAAUAACUUUGAUCAUU